GUCGGGGGGGCGCACGGCUCCCGGGCCCGGCGGCGGCGGCGGCGGCGCGGCGGCGCCGAGGGGCAGCGGGUGGCAGGAGGCCGGGGGACGCCCAAGGGGCCCCGGGCGGCGGCGCUCAGGGCCCGAGCGGCCAGCGGCGGCCCCGGGGCUGGGGGGAGUCCAGCCCGGAUAUUGAGUGCAGCCAUUGAGAAAAGCCAAACUCUUGUGUGUGUGCGUCUCGAAUAGCCCCCAAGAUGGCCGCCAAUGUGGGAUCGAUGUUUCAAUAUUGGAAGCGAUUUGAUCUACGGCGACUCCAGAAGGAGCUUAAUUCCGUCGCUUCCGAGCUGUCUGCACGGCAGGAGGAGAGUGAACAUUCUCAUAAACAUUUAAUUGAACUCCGCCGGGAAUUUAAGAAAAAUGUACCUGAGGAAAUCAGAGAGAUGGUGGCUCCUGUAUUAAAAAGCUUCCAAGCUGAGGUGGUGGCCCUUAGUAAGAGAAGUCAGGAGGCCGAGGCAGCUUUCCUGAGCGUUUACAAGCAAUUAAUUGAAGCACCAGACCCUGUGCCUGUGUUUGAGGCAGCGCGCGGCCUAGACGACAGACUGCAGCCCCCCAGCUUCGACCCCAGCGGGCAGCCGCGGCGAGACCUCCACACUUCGUGGAAGAGGCACCCCGAGCUCCUUGGCCCUAAAGAGCAGAGAGAGGGGACGUCUCCGGCCGGACCCACGCUGACCGAGGGGAGCCGCCUCCCAGGCAUUCCCGGCAAAGCCCUCCUGACAGAAACUUUGCUGCAGAGAAAUGAGGCAGAGAAACAAAAGGGCCUUCAAGAAGUACAAAUCACUUUGGCAGCCAGACUGGGGGAGGCAGAGGAAAAGAUCAAAGUCCUACAUUCAGCGUUAAAGGCCACACAGACAGAGCUGUUGGAACUGCGGCGGAAAUACGAUGAGGAGGCAGCAUCCAAGGCAGAUGAAGUCGGCCUGAUCAUGACCAACUUGGAGAAGGCUAAUCAGCGAGCUGAGGCUGCCCAGCGGGAGGUAGAAAGUCUUCGAGAACAACUCGCCUCAGUCAACAGCUCUAUCCGCCUGGCCUGCUGCUCCCCCCAGGGACCCAGUGGGGAUAAGGUGAACUUCGCGCUGUGCUCAGGCCCCCGGCUUGAGGCUGCCCUGGCCUCCAAGGAUCGGGAGAUCCUGCGGCUGCUGAAGGAUGUGCAGCACCUCCAGAAUUCUCUGCAGGAACUGGAGGAGACCUCUGCCAACCAGAUUGCGGACCUGGAGCGGCAGCUCACGGCCAAGUCCGAAGCCAUAGAGAAGCUGGAAGAGAAGCUCCAGGCACAGUCUGACUAUGAAGAAAUUAAAACAGAGCUGAGCAUCCUGAAAGCCAUGAAGCUGGCCUCUAGCACCUGCAGCCUCCCGCAGCCCAGCUUCUUGUCUCCUCAGGGCAUAUCCAAGCCCGAAGACUCGUUGCUCAUGGCAAAGGAGGCCUUCUUCCCCACGCAGAAAUUCCUUCUGGAAAAGCCUGGUCUUCUGACCAGCCCUGAGGAGGACCCUUCAGAGGAUGAUUCCAUCAAGGACUCCCUGGGCACAGAGCAGUCCUACCCAUCGCCUCCACAGCUCCCGCCACCGCCAGGGCCUGAAGACCCCCUGUCCCCCAGCCCUGGGCAGCCCCUGCUGGGCCCUGGCCUGGGCCCCGAUGGCCCAAGGACUUUCUCAUUGUCCCCCUUCCCCAGCCUGGCUUCUGGGGACAGACUGGCGGGGGACACACUGCUGUCCAAACAUAUGAUGCCCCCGGCCACCUUCAAGGGGGAGGCGGGUGGCCUGCUGGUGUUCCCCCCAGCCUUCUAUGGCACCAAGCCGCCCACGGCCCCUGCCACCCCAGCUCCUGGCCCUGAGCCACCCGGGGCCCCCGAGCCUGUAGAUGGGGGUGGGGGCAGCACAGCUGGGGCAGGGGCCGGAACCGAGGAGGAGCAGCUGGACACGGCAGAGAUUGCAUUCCAGGUGAAGGAGCAGCUGCUCAAACACAACAUCGGGCAGCGGGUGUUUGGCCACUAUGUGCUGGGGCUGUCACAGGGCUCGGUCAGCGAGAUCCUGGCCCGGCCCAAGCCCUGGCGCAAGCUCACAGUGAAGGGCAAGGAGCCCUUCAUCAAGAUGAAGCAGUUCCUGUCGGAUGAGCAGAACGUGCUGGCUCUGAGGACCAUCCAGGUGCGGCAGCGAGGCAGUAUCACCCCAAGAAUCCGCACACCAGAGACAGGCUCAGAUGACGCCAUCAAGAGCAUCCUGGAACAGGCCAAGAAAGAGAUCGAGUCCCAGAAAGGGGGUGAGUCCAAGAACUCCACGGCCCCACUGGGCAUCACCAACGGCACAGCCCCCGCCAGCACCUCGGAAGAUGCCAUCAAGAACAUUCUGGAACAAGCGCGCCGCGAGAUGCAGGCGCAACAGCAGGCCCUGCUGGAGAUGGAGGCCGGCCCCCGGGGCCGCUCGGUGCCUCCCUCGCCCCCAGAGCGGCCCUCGCUGGCCACUGCGAGCCAGAAUGGGGCUCCGACCUAUGUCAAGCAGGAGGACAGCAGCGGUGGCGGUGGCGGCGGGGGAACCAGCAGCAGCGCCACACAGACCUCCCUCACGGUCUUGUCCCCUGCUGCCUUCGUGCAGAGCAUCAUCCGGAAGGUCAAGUCGGAGAUUGGCGACGCCGGCUACUUCGACCACCACUGGGCCUCGGACCGUGGCCUGCUCAGCCGCCCCUACACCUCUGUCUCACCCUCCCUCUCCUCCUCCUCCUCCGGCUACUCCGGACAGCCCAACGGGCGGGCCUGGCCCCGUGGGGACGAGGCCCCCACGGCCCCGGAGGACGAAGCGGCGGGGGGCGAGGAUGAGCCUCCCAGAGUGGGCGAGCUGAAGGCCGAAGGUGGCGUCCCCGAGGCGGGCAGCGGUGGGCGGCUGGCCUACUACCCAGCAUACGUGCCCCGCACACUGAAGCCUACCGUGCCGCCCCUGACCCCCGAGCAGUACGAGCUUUACAUGUACCGGGAGGUGGAUACACUGGAGCUGACGCGCCAGGUCAAGGAGAAGCUGGCCAAGAAUGGAAUCUGCCAGAGGAUCUUUGGGGAGAAGGUGCUGGGCCUGUCACAGGGCAGUGUGAGCGACAUGCUGUCCCGGCCGAAGCCGUGGAGCAAGCUGACACAGAAGGGGCGAGAGCCCUUCAUCCGCAUGCAGCUGUGGCUCUCAGACCAGCUCGGCCAGGCCAUCAGCCAGCAGCCCAGCGCCUCUCAGGCCAGUCCCACGGAACCGAGGUCCUCGCCGUCCCCACCCCCUAGCCCCACGGAGCCGGAGAGGAGCUCCCAGGAGCCCUUGAGCCUGGCACUGGAGGGCAGCAAGGAGAACCAGCAGCCGGAGGGACGCUCCAGCUCCUCGCUGGGGGGGAAGGUGUACUCGGGCAGCCAGGCCACGGGGGGCAUCCAGGAGAUUGUGGCCAUGUCCCCCGAGCUGGACACAUACUCCAUCACCAAGAGAGUCAAAGAGGUCCUCACAGACAACAAUCUAGGGCAGCGGCUGUUUGGGGAGAGCAUCCUGGGACUGACGCAGGGCUCCGUGUCUGACCUGCUGUCCCGGCCCAAACCCUGGCACAAGCUGAGCCUGAAGGGACGGGAGCCCUUUGUGCGCAUGCAGCUGUGGCUCAAUGACCCCCAUAAUGUGGAGAAGCUGAGGGACAUGAAGAAGCUGGAGAAGAAAGCCUACCUCAAGCGCAGGUACGGCCUCAUUAGCACCGGCUCCGACAGCGAGUCUCCAGCCACCCGCUCCGAGUGCCCCAGCCCCUGCCUGCAGCCCCAGGACCUGAGCCUCCUGCAAAUCAAGAAACCCCGAGUGGUGCUGGCGCCCGAGGAGAAGGAGGCGCUGAAGAAGGCCUACCAGCUGGAGCCCUACCCCUCCCAGCAGACCAUCGAGCUCCUCUCCUUCCAGCUCAACCUCAAGACCAACACCGUCAUCAACUGGUUCCACAACUACAGGUCCCGGAUGCGCCGGGAGAUGUUGGUGGAGGGGACCCAAGACGAACCAGACCUCGACCCCAGUGGGGGUCCCGGCGUCCUGCCACCAGGCCACUCCCGCCCAGACCCUACCCCACAGAGCCCUGACUCUGAGGCUGAGGACCAGAAGCCUCCUGUGAAGGAGCUGGAGCCUCAGGAGGGCUCUGAGGAGCGCGUCAUACCCCCGACCACCCAGGACAAGGCCCAGAGAGUUAUAAAAUCAGGAUGCGGUCACAACUGUUGCGAAGUAUACACCGAAGUUGUGUCGUUUUUGCCACUAGAUGAGAUUAAAAGAAGACAAUUGUUCAAAGCCAUCACAAAACACUCUAAGACUGACCAAAAUUUAGAUGACCCUUGAACUGCGGUCUUUUGCCACAUCUGUCUGUGAGACACAGCACACUGCUACUGCCCUUCCAGAAACCGUGCUGAAAAGAGAAAGUCCAAAAGACUCUAAAUGAAAACCUCAAUGCCGUUGAGGAUGUGUUUCAUUCUGGUGGUCUGUUUUGCAACCUUGAUAACACAGAACGUCCCGUGCCGUUGUAAGUGUUGUAGAGAUGUGGGCUGUGGCCGGCCAUCCUACCCGAGAUGUGACCUGGUACAAAACAAACUACUUCUCCUCCCUCCAGUCAGAAGCCUGUGGGCCACGGAGGUCGGACACCCAGCCUGUCCAUCUGUAGACGAGAUGUGUUUCUGGAUCCUUUGGAAAGCUGGGCGUGGGGUCAGGUGAUUGGAGGGCAGCAUUUGAGCCAGAGUGACCCCGUUCCCCAACCUGAAUCGUGGCCACGGCACAGGAAGUUUCCCCACUGGCUUUCCAGAGCAGGACUGUGGCCACCAUCUCUCCCUCCCUGUGUUUUAAGAAAAUAAUAGCGAUGGUCGUCCCACAAGCACCCAGCACCAAAAAGUAGAUUCAUCUAUCUAGGGACCCCAGCCCUCCUUCUUGCCAUCUUCUCUCUCAAGUUGACCCAGGUGCUGUUUCUGGAAGGCAUCUGCAACUCCCAAGUCCAGAACAAAGCGAGAAGGUUGAGUUCAUGGCAUGGCCACCAUACCCCAGCCUCUAAGUCUACCCUCCUGCCUCCCAGCGCACGACCUUUUGGGGAGCAAAGACUCCAUCCCCCCAACUCGGAGAAGCCCUUCCUCUAGCAUCUUCGUCGUCAGGGUCUCUGGCAGGAGAGUUCCCCGUUUGGAUGGAACUGCCACCAUGUUGGUUUUUGACUCUCUCCCUCUCUCUCUCUCUGUCUCUCUCCCGUUUUUAUUUCUUUUCCUUUUUCAAACUCUCUGUGGGAAGGCUGAGUUGGUUGACUCCCCAGCUGAAUCCAGAAUGACGAUGAAAAGGUGGCCAUAAUCGGUACCGAUCCCAUGCCAGGGGGAGACGGCUGGUGGGUCUCAAGGAUGCAGCAAGCAUUUUCGAAACGAGGCCAGUAAAACCCAGUGAUCAGAAGGGGACAAUUGAGGGCUGUUCCAGAAAUCUCAACUCUCAUGCACCCAGCCCAGGCUGCAGUCUCCACACCAAUCAGUGAAGAACAACGCAAACCCUGCAGGAAAACGUCCUUUUCCACACACCCAGGCUAUGCAUUGAAGAGUUUUCCACUGUAUACAUUUUUAUCCAGAGGAAGGUAUUUUUAUAUUUUGACAAUAGGAAACUGACCAAUUUUCAGAGUAAUCAAAUCUGGAACAAACGAAACGUCUCCUUUUAGCCACCGCCGCCCUGUCACAAGACAACCGUGAGGGAACACACCGCUUUCUACUGUCGAAACCCAUCCAACAUUGAAACGCAGGCUCACCCGUAGACUACAGAUCUUAGAGGACUAAAUCUGGCUUUUGUGUGACGGGAUUUGAUUAAGCACUUAGGAUAGUCUUUUGAACACAGAAAUCCUGUUGUACUUAAAGCUAGCAGACCCAUGAACAACUUUGUCAGGUUCACGUCCUAUAACGGUAAAAACAAAACAAAAACCCACAAAACCGUUUCUAUGAGAGAUUGAUGAACUUUGUUUAAAAUUUUAAAAACACGUUCUGUAAACGCGUCGCUCAAUACAGAAUUGUAUAAUAAUG